CUACAGUAUGGGGUUCAGCUGAUAUCUCAAAACAGUGAAUAUCCAGAGGCACUGAUUCAAUUCAUGAAGCAUUUUGAGUGGACCAAUCAGAAUACUGCAAGGCCUUUGAAGAUUAUUGUAUUCUGCAUGUCCAAGGCCCUCGUCGAGGCUCUCCAUAGCCAAUACCCGGAGACAUAUUACUUCCAUGCAGAUCUGCCUGACCCGGUCAAAUCAGACCAAUUAGACCGCUUCAUUCAGGCAGGUCAGGGUCAGGCAGGUCAGGCAGGUCAAGCAGGUCAAGCAGGUCAAGCAGGUCAAGCAGGUCAAGUAGGUCAAGCAGGUCCAGUAAUCCUUGUGGCUACUGGGGCUAUUGGGGCCGGUUUUGACUUCUCAGAUAUCAGUCUAAUCAUUCACCUGCAGGGUGCCUGGUCAUUUACAGAUUUCAUGCAGGAAUCAGGUAGAGCAGCCAGGGGCCCACAUGACCGAGGGUCAUCCUGGUGCCUGGUCAAACCAUCUGACCUGAUCGCCAGAUCUAGUGAUUCCUAUGAACGGGGGCUGUUCCGGGCCUACUUGGCUGAAAAGAUCUGCCGCCGGCGGUCUAUCUAUCGGGUAUUUAAUAAUGAGGCUCUGGAGACCUGCCAGGCGGACUGGGCUCUCUGUGAUCUCUGUCAGGCACGAGCAGACCAAUAUCAAAAGACUAUUCAGCAAACCCAGCAAUACUACCAGACCAGUAUAGAGCAGGUAACAACUCUAGUAGAUGGACUGCAGACCUGGUGGGAGGAUCAGUGUCUCUACUGCUUCUGGCAAGUCUAUAGUAAGUGAUUCUACUCCUGAGGAUUAAUCCUACUAUGAUCCUUAUAUAAAGACUAGAAUUUAAAUACUGAUAUAUCUAGGUCAAUCCG